AUGCCGCCAAAGCGCACUCCGACGAAGAACACUCCAGCAAAGGAGAAGAAGGUGGAAAUAGAUGCUCGCAAAGAGGAGUUGGGCGCCCUAGUCCACCUCCGAGGAAAGGCGGUGGAGAAGCUCAACCGUCUCAAGGAGAAGCUCGACACCCUGUCGCAGCCGGAGCGCAUUGUCCCGACAGUCAAGCUCAACCAACGUAAGCUGGAGAUGGCCUACUCGGAAUUCUCCACCAUCCAUGAGAAAGUCAUCACCCUGGUGGAUUCCGCCGAGCGAGACCCGCACGAUGACCUUCAACUUAGCGUCGAGACUGCCUACGACAGAAUCUUCGUUACGCUCGAGAAGUGGACGCAGGAACUGGUUCCCGUUACUGCAGGUCCAUUGAACGCCGUCGUAUCGGCCGUCCAGCAACCAGUUGUCAUCCAGCAGCUGCCUCGGAUUCUCCCGACGUUCGACGGUAAAUAUGAAAAUUGGGAAAAAUUCAAGGUCAUAUUCCGGGACGUCGUGGAAAAAUCCAACGAGUCACCCCGCAUGAAGCUCUACCGGUUGGAGGAUGCCCUGGUCGGAGAAGCGACCGGAUCGGUAGACGCAAAAACCAUCCAAGAGGGGAACUACGAUCACGCCUGGGAGCUACUGACGGAUAAGUACGAGGACAAGCGAAGAAUGGUUGACAUUCACAUCGGUGGCCUGUUUAAGGUGCAGAAGAUGACCGAGGAGAAUUACUUGGAACUGAGAUCGCUGGUGGAAACGGUAACCAGCCACGUAGCAAACCUGAAGUACCUCGGGCAGGAGUUCCUCGGAGUUUCCGAACAGAUCGUCGUAUACCUGCUAGUCCAUGCACUUGAUGACGGAACGCGGAAACUCCUGGAGGCAACAGUGCGGCGAGGAGAACUGCCGAAGUACGACGACACCAUGGAGUUUCUCAAGAACCGCGUCUCAGUCCUAGAGAGAUGCAAGGAAACCAGUGAAGCAGCACCGAGCCAACAAACAAGAACUGAUUCCAAGCCAACCACUUCUACACAGCCGUACCAGAUCGCCAACACUGCCAUCAGGGCGCAACCGGGACCGCGGUGCGACUUAUGCGGAGAGACCCACCUGACCUUCAAAUGUGCUACCUUCACGGCCCUUCCGGCGUACCAGCGAAUGGAGAAGGUCAAAGAAAGACGAGUCUGCUUUAAUUGCCUGCGCGCUGGACACAGUGCGAACAAGUGCAGACGGCCAAGUUCAUGUGGUAAGUGCCAACGCAGACACCACACUCUACUACACGAGUUCUACCGGGAGUCAACCGUGCCUCAGAGACCAGCUCCUGCUAUGCGCCAUCCCGUUGAGCCACUCCCGUCAGCGAAAGCGAUCGACAGCCCCACCCCGAUGCUUCAAACCGCCGUCGUCGAUCUGCGUGACGACAACAACCAUCCUGUGCCGUGUCGCAUCGUGCUGGACUGCGGAUCACAGGUAAAUUUUAUUUCCACCUCGAUGGCAAAUCGCCUAAACCUGAAAAAGGUUCCUGCAAACGUCCCGAUCUGCGGCAUCGGAGGUGAAGCGAUGAACACCAGGGAGUCAGUCAACGUGCAGCUUCAGUCCCGGUAUAGCGGAUUCACAGCGGACGUGGAGUGUUUGGUCAUCCCAAGAGUGGCCGGAAAGAUUCCUCCGUCUCCAGUCAAUGCCAACGAUUGGCCAAUUCCGAAAGGUUUCCAGCUAGCCGACCCAAAGUUCCACACUCCCGACCGCAUUGAUAUGCUCGUUGGAGCAUCGCUGUACUUCCGCCUGUUGAAACGAGGAUUCGUUUACAUGUGGGACAACUACCCGGAACUGCGUGAGACUCACCUAGGUUGGGUCGUCGUAGGAGGUGCUGAAGGUACUACCACCGGUCAGCAGCUCGCGAACACAGCAGUACUGAAGGCCAAAGAACCACAUCAAGCGACAGCACUGGAGGGAGGCUCUGCUGGGAUAUCCCCCAGCCCGGGGGGAGGAUGUUGGAGCCCCAACGUUUAA